CUGAAAGCGCCCACUUCUUGUACCUGAGCCAUCACCUUUCUUUCCCGGUUUUGUCUCAAAUACGCCUCUUAACUUCAUUUUCUGCUUGUCUUCCUCGUUUGUUACCCCUCCUUCCACGGUACACGUGGCCACCACGGGCCACCCCAUUGUCCCUCUACCUUUAGCCUUUUCAAGCUCGAUUCAACUACAUUUACCACUCGCAGAUAAUAGUCACCUUCAAGGAGAUGUCGUCGAAGGGGGUCGCAUUGCUCGUAUGGGUGUUCUUCGUCCACUUGGCUGGCAUCUACCUCUACACACGUGGAUUCCUUCUCACUCGCCUAUCCUUGUCGGAACGCAGCGGAUGUGAAGGUGGACCAUGUACUCUGCAGCCUACACACAAGAGGGCAGUGGUGCUCAUCAUUGACGCGUUGCGAUUCGACUUUGUCAGCCCAGACCCUCCACAACCACCCUCACCGUAUUACCACAACGUCGUGACUUUGCCUGGGCAGAUGACCGCUGCCCAGCCUUCCCAGUCCUUCCUUUUCGACACGUAUGCCGAUCCGCCAACGACGACACUGCAGCGCAUCAAGGGUAUCACGACAGGUUCUCUUCCUACAUUCGUCGACAUUGGGUUCAACUUCGGGGCAACGUCAACAGACGAGGAUUCAUGGGUCAGUCAGCUGAAAGAUGCAGGCAAGAACGUGGCCUUCAUGGGCGACGACACAUGGUCCGCUGUAUUCUCAGACAAGUUAGCACCCGACAUGACGUUUCCGUUCGACUCUUUCAACGUGGAAGAUUUGCACACAGUGGACAACGGCGUCAUCCGGCACCUCCUCCCGCUGAUGAGCAAUGCAUCAGCACCGUGGGACGUGAUUAUCGGACACUUUCUCGGCGUGGACCAUGUUGGACACCGUGUCGGCCCUGACCGACCCACGAUGCACAGCAAGCUGAAGCAGAUGGACGACGUGCUCCGACGCGUGGUCGCGCUUCUUGAGGAUGACACAUUACUUAUCGUGCUCGGCGAUCACGGAAUGGAUCGGCUGGGAGACCAUGGAGGGGAGGGCGCACUUGAGACAUCCGCGGCACUGUGGAUUUACAGCAAGAUUCCGCUGAGCGCGCACACGGAUGCCAUCCCGUCUGAACUGCUCACGACACGGAUGUUUCCUGGAGCCUCCGUCGCUCAUCGGUACGUGCAACAGAUCGACCUUGUACCGUCGCUUUCGCUGCUCCUUGGACUCCCCAUUCCAUACAAUAAUCUCGGUAUGGUCAUUCCGGAGCUGUUCUGGCGCGACGCGCAAGGGACAGAGUUUGAAAAUGCCCUCGAAUUAAACGCACAGCAAGUGAAGAGGUAUCUCGACACGUAUCGCGCGAAGCCGGCGGGCGGAGAACUCGACAGCUCGUGGGCGGAGUUGCAGGAGCGUUGGGUAGCUGUGGAUGCUGCAAGUGGAGAAUCGGGUAAGACCAGGUCGUUCCUGACAGAGGAGUACGUGCGCGCGGCGUUGGAGGCAUGCCGUCUGAUAUGGGCAAAGUUCAACGUGUCGCUGAUCGGGUUGGGACUCAUCUUGCUCGCUGCAGGUAUAGCUUCUUCUUGGGUACUGUAUGUGAAAUUUGGGGAGAUGCAGGAAGAGUGGGGUGAUUGGGCGGGGAAGGUCCGGAGGACCUGCACGAUCUGGACGGCGGUAGGUGCUGUGGUAGGAUGCGGCUCCUACUUCCUGCUGCGCGCUGUGAUCAAGGGCGUUGAUGCCCUCCAGUGCGUCAUUUUCUGCGCCCCGUUUGCGUCCUCGCUCGCCGUUAUCUUCACCAACAAGCCGUCGAGGCUCAACUUCAGCAUCUCGUCUCUUUCUCUUCCCCUCAUUCUUCACGCGCUCUCCUUCGCCUCGAAUUCGUUCAUAUUCUGGGAAGACCGCGUCGUCACAUUCCUACUGCUGUCGUCCAUCGUCCCAUCUGUGCUUACCGGAUUCAUGGCACCCACCGCACGCCUGCGCUACCGCAUCCUUGGGUUCUCCGCGCUCUUCGCAGCGUGUGUCCGGCUGAUGGCGAUGAGCACCGUCUGCAGGGAGGAGCAGCAGCCGUAUUGCCAUGUCACGUUCUUCGCGUCAUCCUCGCUCCCGGAGCCGCCAUUGCUCAUCCUCGUCUUCGCCCUCCCGGCCGCAAUCGGGCUGCCGUUUGCGAUUCGCACGUUCCUCAAGAUAUCGAAGAGUGACAAAGGUGUUGCAAUGAUCAUCCUGCCGUGGUUGAUGCCCAUUGCCCUGCUGCAGGGUGCAAUGCAUUGGAUUGUGGAAUGGUUGGAUAGCGCGGAGGUGUUUGGUCCGGGAUAUGACUGGAUUUUGCGCCCGGGGCGGACGUUCCUCGCUCAGUGCGCGAUGGGCAGCAUCGUGCUGUUCGGCAUAGUGAUAUGGUGGAUGGUCCCACUCUGUCUCGAGAUUAGCACAACGGAGAAGCAGACGACAGCGGCGAAGAGUGCUAUCACGAGUGACGAGGCAUCCAAAGAACCGAAGACGCAGGUCACCAUUCUCGGGUUCGCCAAUUCCUUCGGAGCGUCGUAUCUCAUCCUCUGGUGCACGAUGCUGGGCCUGCUCUACGUCGCAACGCAGCUGACUGGACAGCUCAUUCUUGGCUUGGCGACACUCGCCGUUCUCGCACAUAUUGAAGUGGUGGACAGCGUGCGCGACGUCCAUGCACUCGAAGCGGCGUUCGCAUCCGCGACGCCAUCGCUCGCACUUGAUGCUGACAAUCGGCACAGCGAGCCAGUGUGCUUCUCUGAGAUCGUGCCGUUAGCGCUGCUGGUAGUACAUACGUUCUAUGCAACGGGCCAUCAAUCGACGAUCCCAUCCAUACAGUGGAAAGCUGCGUUUGUGUUGACGCCUACCGUCAGCUAUCCAUUCUCCCCAUUCGUCCUUAUUCUCAACACAUUCGGACCCCAGUUCCUGAUUGCGUUCGCUACGCCGCUACUCGCAUUGUGGAACAUUGCGCCGCUACCACAGCCGAAGGCGAGCGUGCGGGUGCGCGGGGAUGCCGUGCGCGCGGGGCUGGGCAUGAUGCUCUAUCACUCUGUGCUGCUGCUCGCAAGCGCGGUAUGCGCAGCGUGGCUUAGGAGGCAUCUCAUGGUGUGGAAGGUGUUUGCGCCGAGAUUAAUGAGCGCGGCGGCUUCGCUUGUGGCAGUCGAUCUAGCAAUUCUGCUCGGAGUUGGGCUGGGCGUUAGCAGGGUUGCUGGACAGGUCUCGAAAAUGUUUGGUGGAAUGGGCUCAGCCCAAGGAUCUGCCUCGGCUGAGCAAAAAACGAAGUCUUCGUAGCAUAGAACAUUACGUUAGUUCAUAUACCGCAAACAUGAAAGGUGACAAAUGGUGAGGAAUCGUUUAUUUUAAACAGCGCAGACCUGUUGUUCAAAGUCACCAUUUAGGAUCGGGUUUGAAUUGCAUAAUUCAGGCCUCUUAAUUAAGUACAAGGGUUUUGGAUUGAACUGAGCGCUUAUCGAUGAAUUGAAGGCGCGUACUCCUUGUUUCUGAGCCGUCACCUUUCUU